UUUUCAGGUGCUUCAAGCUUCAUCUCUUCCAUGGCUUGUAUCUAAUCUAAUCUCAUUGCUUCACUUUUCUUCUUGUUCUUAACCUGCAAAUCAACUAACCCAGAAUAUCAGAUCAAGUUUUCUUUUGUUUUCUUGGUUCCGAGCAAGAAGAUGAACCCUUUUGGAAGUGUUAAACAAGAGUUUCCAUCUUCUUCCAUGGCGGCUACAGCUAUACCUCAGCCAAUGGAAGGGCUCCAUGAUGCAGGUCCUCCUCCUUUCCUCACCAAAACAUACGAUAUCAUAGAUGAUUCAGGAACCGAUCACAUCGUCUCUUGGAGUAGAAGCAACAACAGCUUCAUCGUUUGGGAUCCCCAAGCAUUUUCCAUGACACUUUUGCCUAGAUUCUUCAAGCACAACAAUUUCUCAAGCUUUGUUAGGCAACUAAAUACCUAUGGGUUUAGAAAGGUUGAUCCAGAUAGAUGGGAGUUUGCAAAUGAAAGAUUUCUCAGAGGGCAAAGGCAUUUGCUCAAGACUAUCAGGAGGAGAAAAACACAGCAACAGCAAACCCAGGGUUUUAAUGGCGGUUUAGAUCAUUGUGUUGAAGUUGGGAGAUUUGGGGUUGAAGAAGAGAUUGAUAGGCUAAAGCGUGACAAGCAAGUUUUAAUAGCGGAAUUAGUGAAACUCAGACAACAACAGCACAACACAAAGACUUGUUUUCUCGUAAUGGAAGAAAAGCUGCAGAAAAUCGAGAUGAAACAGCAACAGAUGAUGGGUUUCUUAGUCAAAGCAAUGCAGAAUCCAAACUUUGUCCAACAAUUAAUACACAAUAAAGAUAAACGAAAAGAUCUUGAAGAUGCUAUCUGCACCAAAAGAAGGCGGCGGAUCGAUAACCAAAGGCACAAGGCUGAACCAGUUGAACUGUAUGAUGAUAUAAACAUUGAUGCAUUUGAAGUUUCAGAGUUGGAUCAAAUGGCAAUGGACUUGCAGGGAAUAACUGGGGUUGAAGAAGAUGGAAGAUAUAAAGAUAAAAGAUUACAAGAUGAAGGGUUUUGGAAUGAUUUGUUGAAUGAUGAUGUUGAAGAAGAAAUACCAGUUUUACAAGUUGAUGAAGAUGAAGGUGAAGAUGAUGAUUUAGAUGUUGAUGUUUUGGUUGAGCAGCUGGGAUUCUUGGGUUCUAGUCCUAAGUAGAGAAUUACUGCAUGUUUAAGAUUAUU